CCCUCCUGCUUUUUCUACUGUUUUGGAACACUUGAAGAUAAUUGGGAGAAAUAGUGGUGAAGACACUCUUGCUCACUGGCCGACUGCAUCAGGUUUAAUGACUGUCGAGGAAGCUUCUUUAGAGGUCUUAAAGUACCUAGACAAGGUCUGGGGUUCCCUCUCUUCGUCAGAUAUAGCAGAGUUGCAGAGAGUGGCAUUCAUGCCAGCUGCAAAUGGUACACGCUUAGUGACAGCGAGCUCUCUUUUUGCGCGUUUGACGAUAAAUCUCUCCCCAUUUGCAUUUGAACUCCCUAGUCUAUAUCUUCCUUUUGUGAAGAUUCUUAAAGACAUGGGACUUCAGGACAUGCUAUCAGUUGCUUGUGCAAAGGAUCUUCUCUCAAAUCUUCAAAGAGCUUGUGGGUAUCAGCGUUUAAAUCCAAAUGAACUUCGUGCUGUCAUGGAAAUUCUGCAUUAUGUCUGCGAUAAAACCAUUGAGGCGAACACGUCAGAUAGGUCCAACUGGGUAUCAGAAGCUAUAGUCCCUGACGAUGGCUGCAGACUUGUGCAUGCAAAAUCAUGUGUGUAUGUUGAUUCUUAUGGGUCCCAGUAUAUGAAAUCUAUCAACACUGCCAGGCUAAGGUUAGCUAACCCAGAUCUUCCUGAGAGAAUAUGUACAGCCCUGGGGAUCAGGAAGCUAUCUGAUAUAGUUGUAGAGGAAUUAGAUCAUGGGGAAAAUCUACAGACCUUGGAACAGAUUGGCCCAGUUCCACUAGUAGCCGUUAGACAAAAGUUGUUGAGUAAAUCAUUUCAGGCUGCAGUAUGGAGUGUUGUCAACAGUAUAAGUAGUGACAUUCCAGACUUUGAUAGGCUAACUUUGGAGAGCAUACAAUCCUCGCUGGUACUUGUUGCGGAGAAGCUGCAGUUUGUUCAGUGUGUACAUACUCGCUUUCUGCUUCUCCCACAGUCUCUAGACAUUACCCGCGUAGCAAAGGAUUCCAUUAUUCCGGAGUGGGAGGGUGGUUCCCAACAUCAAACCCUCUACUUUGUUGACCGGUUGAAGACCUGUAUCUUAGUUGCUGAACCACCAACUUAUAUAUCUGUUCUGGAUAUUAUUGCAAUUGUUGUGAGCCAGGUUUUAAGCUGCCCAAUCCCGCUGCCUAUUGGAUCUCUAUUUCUAUGUCCUGAAGAGUCUGAGACUGCAAUUGUUAAUCUCUUGAAACUUCGUUCAGAAAAGAGAGUAUCCGAGAGCACGAGUGGAAAAAAUGGUUUCCUUGGCAGGGUAAUACUGCCCCAAGACGCCAUUCAAGUACAACUUCACCCAUUGAGACCCUUUUAUUCUGGAGAAAUUGUUUCUUGGCGGUCUCAAAAUGGAGAGAAAUUGAAAUAUGGUAGAGUUCCGGAGGAUGUGAGACCAUCAGCAGGACAAGCGCUCUACCGGUUCAAGGUGGAAAUUGCCCCAGGGGUGGUUGAACCUCUUCUUUCUUCUCACGUUUUCUCAUUUAAAGGGGUAUCAAUUAGCAACGAGGCUUCCUCAUCAAGCACGCUGGAGGACAACCACACGACCGCUGAAAACAGGAUGCGUGUUGAGGAGCCAGUAGGUUCUGGAACAGGCAAAUCACGAUCUACUCAGGUAAUUAUUAUUUUUCAAUGGUUUGAUAGAGCUUCUCUGUAAAAUGAUAACAGUCCCUUUGUGGUUAUAUAUCAUGAAUCCAUUUGAUUGUC